AUGUCCGACCUAACCGCCCUCUUCCGCACCACCAUUCGCCCCCUCCCCGCGAUCCACGAUCCAUCCUUCGCCCUCCCCUUCGACUCAUACGCCCAGAACCGUCUUGUCCUUUUAGGUGACGGCUCCCACGGGACUUCCGAGUUCUACGCCGCCCGCGCAGAGAUCACCAAGCGGCUGAUCACGCACCAUAACUUCACCAUGCUCGCGCUGGAAGCAGACUGGCCCGACACGGAGGCGCUGGAUCGCUACGUCCGCCAACGACCAGGUCACAGAGGUAAGAUCGGGGAGACAAAGGGCGACGCCGAUUAUGAAGACGAGGGCGAGGCAUUCGAGCGAUUUCCAACGUGGAUGUGGCGGAACAAGGAGAUGCAAGAUCUCGUCGAGUGGAUACGGGAUCAUAACGCCUCUUUACCUGCUGAGAAGAAAGUGGGAAUUUACGGGAUGGAUCUUUACUCGCUCGGGAGCUCCAUGAAAGCAAUUAUCUCCUAUCUGGAUAAAGUUGAUCCGGCUAUGGCGAAGGAAGCCCGAAGGCGCUACGGCUGUCUGAAUCCGUACACGGAGGAGCCGCAGGAAUACGGACUCGACGCCCUACGCGGCUUCAAAGACUGCGAGAAGGGUGUCGUGGCGAUGCUUCGCGACUUGCUUGAAAGACGCCUCAAGUACGCAGCACAUCCGGGCGACGGGGAGGAGUUCCACAGCAGCGAGCAAAACGCGUACGUUGUUCGCGAUGCGGAGAGGUACUACAAGGCCAUGUACUACAGCAGUGCGGGAAGCUGGACGCUGCGCGAUAGCCAUAUGGUUGACACGCUAAAACGGCUGAUUAAGCAUAAGCCUGAUGGGAAGGUCGUGGUGUGGGCGCAUAACUCUCACUGUGGCGAUGCGAGGCACACGGCUAUGGGGACUCGGCGGAGGGAGGUGAAUAUCGGCCAGCUAUGCCGAGAGGUCUUUGGCGAGCAGAACGUGGCGCUAAUCGGCUGUGGAACGCAUACGGGGACUGUCGCUGCGGCGAGCGAGUGGGGUGAAGACAUGCAGAUCAUGGAUGUGAAGCCGAGUAGUCGUGACUCGUGGGAACGGAUUGCGCAUGAUACGGGGGUUGAAUCCUUUCUCCUGGAUCUGCGAGAGGACAGAAUGUCUAGGGAGGUCAGGGAGGCACUGGCGAAGGAACAUCGACGGUUGCAGCGGUUUAUCGGCGUGAUCUAUCGGCCGGACACAGAACGGAUCUCUCAUUAUUCUGCGGCAGAUCUGGUCAAUCAAUUCGAUGGGUAUGUCUGGUUUGAUACGACGAGCGCUGUGAGGCCGCUGGAGGUUGUUCAGCCGAAGACAGCAUUGGGGGAUGAGGAGACGUACCCGUUUGGAUUGUGAUUCGUCCCUGUUCCGUAUUCGUGUGUAUGUGUAUAUAAAAGUACCCGUUUAUUGGGAUAUUCAAUGAGCGAACCGAAAGUCAAGCCUCUUGCUCCCUG